UGAACGAUCCGGACGCUGAGUUUUGGAUAAUGAUCUAUUUGAUUCCAGCAUCUUUAAUUCUACUUCUUGGUAUUAACCCAACAAUUACAGGUCAUGUAAUCUGGAAAUGGUUGGCGGAUCUGCACAUUGCUGUGUGCAUGAUUGGUGCGCUCUACCUGUCUGUUUACCUGAUUAUCUACAGUGAGAGAAGUAUCCUGCACGAGGAGGAGGGCAGAUGCUUCCAUGUAUGGACUGGGGGCUGUACUGAGUCAAGUCGGGGAGGAUGGAGGAGAGCACCCUGUCGCAUACCUAAGCAGAAAGUUGUUACCUCUGGAAGUGAGUUAUGCGGCAGUAGAGAAGGAAUGUUUAGCCCUGGUCUGGGCACUGAAGAAGUUGAACCCUUAUCUAUACGGACAGGAAUUUUCCCUCAUAACGGACCACAAUCCCUUAGUCUGGCUUAACCGGGUCUCAGGAGACAAUGGUAGAUUGCUGAGGUGGAGUUUAGCCCUCCAGCCCUAUAACUUCACCAUCAGCUACCGGCCCGUUAAGCUAAACGGGAAUGCAGAUGGAUUGUCCCGGCAAACUGACAUGCCUACCACCUCCUAGUCCGGUCAUCCCCAAGUUGACCCGCCAAAGGGUCAAGCCGGGUCUGCCGGAGUGUUCCACAAGGGGGGAGCUAUGUGACAGACCCUUCGGUCAGGACUGAAAGCGUUAAGUUUAUUUUCUAAAUACAAGUUUGCUGGCAUCAGCUAUAAUUAAGUUGGUGAUAAGCAUUCCAUUGUUUAAUCACUCUCAGAGAGCAGACGCCUAAGUGAUAAGGAAAGCCAAGAGUGUCUUGUGUUUAAAGUGUUAAGUAAUGUAAUUCUACUGUAUCAUGUCAAAGGGCGUCUUCCCCUUUUAUCUAAUGUACAAGAGUCUUUCAACCCCCCCCCCAUCUGGGGUCAAACCUGUAUAAAUACUAGGCAUCUAGCCUUUAAUAAAUGACAUUCUGUUUUAAACCUGAAA